AUGAGCUCGUCCACGCACCAGCCCCGUGCUUCAUCUCAUCGUCCCAAUGGAGGCUCCUCGCCACGCCCUGCGUCUAUCGCUGAAUUAGCUGAACGUGCUCUCGAUAACCCUUGGGAGGAAGGUCGAGAACUCAAAUACUAUCUCCGUGUCGCGGAGAAAUGUCGCCGUGACGGCAGGGAGGCAAUGCAGAAGGGAGACCUUGAGAACGCCUUCGUUCAGCACGCUCGUGCCGCGACACUUGUCCUUGAGAAGCUACCCUCGCAUCGAGAUUAUCACGAACUCUUGUCAAGUGCUCAGAGACAUAAUCUUGGACUGAAUGGCCAAGACAUCCUGGAUAGUCUGAGCGAUCUGAAGCCGACUCUCGUUGAGAGAUUUGAGAAGUGGACGAGGGCGCACCCCGACUGGGAUCCCUCACAGGAUCAAUCCAGUCAACAUCAGCAGGCUGAGGCUGAGACCCAACGCCGCACCCGAGAGACCGGAGAAUGGAGGCGACAACGCGAAACGCAGCCUCAACCUCAGCCCCAACAGAGGGCAGAGACCCCUCAGUCUCGGCGUGCUGAGCCCCCCAGGUCGAAUGGUCCCGAUUACACCUUUUCGCAGCCUCCUACAGCGCAAGCUCCUCCACCUCGUCAACAACCUCCUCCUGAUGCCGCAUUUGACUACGAUAAGAUGAACUCACAACUGAAUAUCAGCUCAGAGGAUAAACAUCAGCAGCAACAAGAGGAAAUGCGUCGGCGUCGAGAGGAAAUCGCUCGGAGACAUGCUGAGGAAAGGCGCAGGGAGCAGCAAGCGGGUAUAGCUCAACGUCAAUUUGAAGCAGAGAGUGCUGCUCGUGCUGCCCGACAGGACCUGACUGGCCACUCUCCUACACCGUUAUCCGCAGCAGCUUCAGCACCGUCGAUUUUAGCGACAACACCAAGUAUCUACUACCCUUCGACGACGCCGUCUGCGGCUAUGCCACCGCCUGCAUCAACCAGCAGCUUCUCUACACCGGCAAAGAUACAGUACCCAUCCGUUUCCUCCGCACCCGGCACUUUACGCGCUCCGAGUGCCUCAGGUUCGCGAAUGCCUUCCUUCCCGGACCAACUUACGGCAUCGGAUGGGCCUACGAUCAUGCCUCUAGAAAGUCCUACGAAGUACGAAGGGGACUCGACUGAUUCGGAAUCUCUGGCACGGAAUCAUGAUUGGCGCAGAGGUAAGCAACGGCAUUAUGAUACACACAGGACGCCUACAAGACCGCCUGCACGAAGCCCGUCGUACCCUCCUCCGAUUACCACGACAUCCCCUCCACCAUCCGAAGGUCAACGGAUACUGUAUCCCCGGCUGAUGUCGCAACACCAGAAGUCGCAGGGUUAUGUGCCCUCUCUCCAUUCGAUGUUCAUACCGCCUACUUCGGGCUCGCAUGUAGCACCAUCUGCGCUGCUGUUCGAACCAGAUACUACACCCAACGCUGCGCAUUACAAUGGGCGUUCGCUGUACUCCUCUGAUAUGCUGCCUGUACCAUCGGCACCGAUUCAACCUCCAUAUUCAUACCCCCCACCGCAGUCUUAUACCCAACGUUCACCUUAUCCACCCGCAGCACCUCCACACGCGCCCCCACCCCCUCAGCCCCAACACCAGCCUCGCCAACCAUCUCGUACCGAUGACCGCAUCGUACGCGCCAACUCGAAGAGCGAGACCGCAGAGCUGAAGACUGUCAACCUUCCGCGGGAAUGCCUCCCGAGAUUCCUCGCCAUCGCGAAAGUGAACACCGAGAUGAAUAGGGAGACGUGUGGGCUGCUAUUGGGGAAGGACAAAGGGCACAAGUACGUGGUCACGACGCUGCUUGUCCCGAAGCAACACUCGACGAGCGAUACUUGCUCGAUGGACGAAGAAGAGUUGGUUCUGCAGUUCACGGAAGAGCGAAGUUUGAUAACAUUGGGAUGGAUUCAUACCCACCCAUCGCAGUCAUGUUUCAUGUCUUCCGUGGAUCUACACACCCACUCCGGCUUUCAGCGCAUGCUCCCAGAAUCCUUCGCUGUAGUUUGUGCCCCGAAGUCAAAUCCCAACUUUGGUAUAUUCCGCCUGACGGACCCGCCAGGCCUGAAGACCAUUCUCGAAUGCACGGCGAAGGAGGCAUUCCACCCCCACCCUGAUCUCCCGAUAUACACAGACGCGGAUAAGGGGCACGUUCAGAUGAAGGAUACCUCGCUCGAGAUCGUGGAUCUGCGCUAG